AUGAUGAACAAGCCCGAGCUUAAAAACAUCCAAACCAACAUGGUGGAUCACCGGAAAAAGGAGACGAUAGGCAUCAUCUACAGAGCCUUGGAAGACGAGAAGAACUACAUCUACCCGCAAUGCCUGUGCCGAACCAUCAAGGAACAAUGCGAUAAGACCGGUGGCACGUGGAAUUGCCAUGUUGGUCCGAGUUUUGGAAGUUCUUUUCCCUACAACUCGAACACCUACUUCUACGCCGAAUGCGACGACCUCAGCAUCCUUUUAUACAAAUUCCAGUGA